AUGAAUUUGCACGUGUCAAGAAUUUUCGUUUACCCGAUCAAGUCUUGCGGAGCAUACGAAACGGAGGAAUGGCAAUUGGAAUCGUAUGGGUUUCAAUACGACCGAAACUGGGCGGUGGUCAGCGCGACGGGAGUGUGUAUGACGCAAAUGGAGGAGCCAAAACUCUGUCUGGUCCGGCCUUAUGUAGAUUUGCAAAAAGGAACCAUGACCCUAGUAUACGCCGAAAACAAAGAUGAAGUGCCGAUGGUAGUUUCAUUGAACACGAAACACGGUGACACCAAGAAAACGGGAAAAAUAUGUUGGGGUGGAUCUUUGGAAGGAAUCGACUGUGGCGACGAAGUGGCCGAAUGGCUCAGUUGGAACCUCGAUCGGCCUGGGUUAAGACUCAUUAGGUGCACCGGCCGCAAUCCACCAGUGGUUAACAACUAUGGAAAGUUAGAUCCAAAGGUAUUGGGUGCCAACCAAUGCCAGUACCUAUUGACCACAAAAUCAACGCUCAAGUGGUUACAGCAAGAAAUGGAAAACGAAAUAACGGAAAUAGAUGAAGAUAGUUUGUUAUUUCGAUUCCGUGGUAACUUCUUGAUUUCUGGCAACAAUCUACCAGCCUAUGCCGAAUUAACUUGGGACCAGUUGGACAUUGGAGGUGUCAAAUUUCAAUUCGAUUCUGGUUGCGAAAGGUGCAAAAUGGUAAAUAUUGAUCAGGAUACAUCGGAGAGCAUUUAUAAGCCACUGUCCAUAUUGGCCCAACACAAAUGGCAAGGCAAAAGCAUUUUCGGAAUCUAUAUGAAACGCGAAGAUAUUCAAAAAUGUAAAAUACGAGUGGGCCAAAAAUGCACUGUCAUCAAAAAAAAAAAUUAA